AUGGUCUCUCAAAUUUCUGUAAACUCAUUCUAUGUCGAGAGGUAUUCUUCUUAUUUUUAUAAAGUUCCCAAUACAAUUUCCCUGGGGGCCCUGUGCAUGAACAUCCAGCAACGUAUCAAGCAGAAAUUUCAGCGUGAAUGGUAUGAAGACCAAGUCCACUCUGAUCUUACGUCAAUUAUCUUAUCUUCAAACACACAUGGCUCCACCUUACUAGAAAACAAUGCUACAAUCCUUGGCGAUCUAUGUGGACCGAUAGACCGCAUACAUGCAAUCGUUCCUUCACAACAGCUUGACAGUUCCAAAGCUCCCUCGCAGCAUGUGGCAUUGAUGCCCAAUAGCAUGAGCAGUCCUGACUAUGACAGGACUCAGGAGCUCCUAUUUCUAAUAUGUACACUCGACCAGAAUUUGACAGAAGCAUCAAUGGAUGCUAUCGUUCAAAACCAGCAACAAGUAUCUGAAGAAAUGAGGGUAUGGAACCGCGACCGUGCAGAUGACAUCCGUCAGCAGAAGAUGAUACAGCAAAACUUGAAGGACAACCAGGAGCAUUUAAGCCACCUUCGGGAAGCUCAUGCCCACAAUGAGCGAGUUUGGAUCUACAGCGACCAACAGAUCAAAAUGUUGGAGGAUGGACGACAGGAGGGUGGUAUCCAUAUCAGAACACUGGAGAAUUCCCUCACUGUGGAAGGGACAUGGAUCAAACAGUUGGAGAGUUCGAUCGAAAGCUCAAAGAAACAGUGUGAGGUGCAGAUGAAGGUGAUACACGAGGAGGCAGAGGUGAAGUUGAAGGACGUAGAAGCAAA